AUGUUUUUGCUUUCCAAAGCGGCUAUUUCCUCCGGAAUGAAACCUUCCGUUUUUGUCGCUUAUCGACAGGCCCUGGCUGCACUUGUCCUAGCUCCAUUUGCUUAUUUCGUCGACAGGACAAGGUCGCAUCGUCUGAGCUUUUACUUACUGAUCAAGAUUUUCAUUGUUUGCUCCUGCGGGAUGACCAUGUCAUUGAACUUACACUAUGUUGCCUUAAACUAUAUCUCUGCAACUUUUGCCACGGCAAUCACGAACACAAUUCCUGCUAUGGUUUUCACUAUAGCAAUUUUGUCGAGGAUUGAAAACCUAGCAAUAAGGAAGAAACAUGGAUGGGCCAAAAUAUUGGGCUCCGUACUCGGCAUCUCAGGAGCUAUGGUCUUCACAUUCUAUAAGGGCCCACACCUAUACUCUGGAUCCAAUAAGGAAGCCCAAAAUCUAAUUGUAAAGAACUACUCAAAAGAAGAAUGGAUCAAGGGCUCCCUUCUCUUGCUUGGAUCAAACUUGACAUGGUCCAUUUGGCUUGUCAUGCAGGCUCCAAUUUUGAAAGAAUAUCCUGCAAAAUUGAGGCUCACAACAUUACAGUGUGGCUUCAGUUGCUUAGUGUCAGCAGUGUAUGGUGCAAUUAAGGAAAGAGAUAUAUCAUCUUGGAAGCUUGGUUGGAAUAUAAAUCUCUUGUCCUUGACUUAUUCUGUGGUAUCCCUGGAUGCAAGAAUGACAGACGGACAAAGUGAUGCUUGUCAGUCUAGUAGGUCAGCUCAACUGGUAUCUGCAUGGAGAGGGAGGUUUGCUAUCCCAAAGCAGAACCUCAGUAUCAAUGUAGCUGCUCAUGUCUCAAACAAUGCAUGCUUGGAGGUAGCUCGUAUAAUGCCUGACUUAUUAAGUUUGGAAAUUGUCCCGCGCAUUGAUAUUUGGCCAGCGUCCUUUAAGAGUUCGCCACCUGAUGAACACAGUGUCACACUCUUUUUUCUCCCUGAGGAAAGAGACGAAGAAGUUUUCAAUAAUAUGCUGACAUAUGCAAUGUGCGGUGACUUUGCCCUUAAAGCAACUAUUGGAAAAGCUGAACUCCUUGUAUUUACUUCUAUCCAACUUCCUGGGAAGCUUCACAGAUUACAGGGAAACCCUUACUUGUGGGGUGUUUUCAAGGGACAACGUGUUGGUGCUUCUCAUCAAUCAGGGAAUCAGUUGCCUACUCAGACCCCUAUUGUGAGGCUGAGUCUGUCUGCUAAUUCUUGUGGCCACAGGAGCUUUGAUGAGAAAGAGAGUGUAGUAACCAUUUCGAGCAAGUACAACCCUUUAACACAUGCACCUAUAGUUGAUAGGAGGGGAAGGCGUCUGGACGAUGCUUGGCAGCACGCAAACUCGCUAGAUCCAUUAAGACAGAAGGCAGAAUGCAAGUAUUGUGGUUUUGUUUCCUCCCAUGGUGGGAUUUCGCGACUUAAGGCACAUUUGGGGGGAGGACACCCGAAAAUCCGCUUGCCAUGUUGCGAACAGGUGCCGUCCCAUGUGAAAGAAGUCAUGAGCGAUUGGUUCAACGAUUGGGUAUACAAAACCAAAGCUCUUUGGACAAAUGAAAUUAGAGCUUGGCCUGAAGUGUCGUCUGAAAAAAGAGGAGUUACGUCCGUAAAAGUGAAAAAUGUAAAGACCUCUAUAUCAUCUGAAACAAAAGGAGUAAUGUCCGAUUGGUCAAGAAGUCUAUCAUCAUCCAAGGCCACAGAGUCUCAAGGUGGUGAGCAAUCCGAUAGAAGGGGAAAACGACUGGACAACGCUUGGCAACACGCAAAGGUGUUGGACGAGGCUAGGCAAAAGCCACAGUGCAACUACUGUGGUUUUAUCUCAACGUACGGUGGGAUUUUGCGACUGAAGACCCACUUGGCCGGAGGUUCUGCUGAGGUGCAGCUGCAAGGUUGCCCUCGUGUGCCUCUGGAAAUCAAAAGCAUGAUGGAAGAGUGGUUCAACGAGUGGGUCAAAUAUGCAUCAGCAGCUUGGACAAAGAGGUCACAAGAUAAAUUGCCUUCAGCUCAAUCUAAUAAAAGGGGAAGACCGUAUCUAGCUGAUACAUGGGAGCAUGAUGUACCUCUGGACAAGUCGAGACAGGCCACUAAAUGCAAGUACUGUGGAUUUGUGUCCAGUCGUGGUGGGAUUGCACAAAUGAGGGCCCAUUUGGGUGGCGGUGAUCUUACAAUGCAAUUCGAAGGCUGCCCUUACGUGCCUCCAGAGGUCAAAAAUUUGAUGACGCCGACUUCCGUGAUAAAGAAAUGCAAGAAGAAGUCGAAGACUGCGAAUGUGGAGAUUGCCGGAGGAUGGGCACAAGAGACUGUGAGAAUGGGUAACGAGACCUACUCGUCUGAAAAGCGGCAUCACAUCCUGCAGGAGACGGAGACGAUCGAUGGGGUCCACAACACAUGCCUGAAGGAGAGCCUUCAGAAGCUCAUACACGAGAAAAAUGCCAAUAUGCAAAAGAUGCAGUUUGAAAUUCACUCCCUUCAAAACCGGUUAGCUUCAAUGCCUUGA